CAAAAGUUUUGACUUUUUCUUUGACCGCCAAAGAAGACGAAAACGAGAGUCUUUGACAAAAUCACGAAGAAAAACGAAUCCUUUUUGUUUCUUCUGCACAGAAUCUUCAUUUUAGCUUCUUCUUCUUCUUCUUCUUCCUCUGCUUCUCUCUCUUUCUCUUUCUCAAGGUUUCUUUUUAUUUCCCGCGAUUCCUCUUCCCUCUUGCUUUGUGUGAUCGACUUUGGAGCUGAGUAUAUCUGUCCGCCUAGGUUUCUCUUUUUUGGUAACUAUCUGAAUUUUCGUUCACUGUUCAAUCGACAUGGGAUCAAUUUUAGGGGUUUCAAUCAAGAUCGCUGCUUUGGGUUCAUCUAGUUAGGUUUGUGUGUUUUAGCAUAGAAUCCAAUCUACCAUGGAUUAUGAACACAAUACGAAUCCAUUUGCAAGGGCAAGUGGAAGUGGAAGUGGAAGAGCAGGGGGAAGUACAAGUGCGAGUUCCAGCUCCAGUUUUAGCAGCAGCGUGGCGGAUACAGAUGAUGACCAAACCAUUGCGCGUAUGUUAGCUGAAGAUGAGAGCUUAAGAAGAGAGGGCAUGCUUGGGAAGAGACUCUCUCAUUUAGAUUCUAUCCCUCACACUCCUCGGAUUAACACUAAAAUACCCGAUAUAAAUGAUGCAACAUUAGACCAUGACCUCCUCUCUGUGAGGUUGGCCACAUAUGGAUUAGCUGAGCUACAGAUGCAGGGGGAUGGAAAUUGCCAGUUCCGAGCUCUGGCAGACCAGCUUUUCGGCAAUCCAGAUUACCAUAAGCAUGUUAGGAAGCAUAUUGUAAAGCAGUUGAAAGAGCAACGAAAGUUAUACGAAGGAUAUGUGCCGAUGAAAUACAGACACUACACCAGGAAGAUGAAAAAAUCGGGUGAAUGGGGAGAUCACGUUACUCUUCAAGCUGCUGCAGAUCGUCAUAACUGUAGUUCGAAGCCAAGAUCUGCUUACUCACAUCAUUUCGGGAACAAUCCUACAUCGAGAUACUUCCUCAUAACAAGAACCCUCUUCGUGAGGCUUGGCUUAGCUUCUGGAGCGAAGUGCAUUACAAUUCUCUAUACUCUAGUGGAGAUGUUCCCACAAGAAAACCUAGGAGGAAGCACUGGCUCUUCUAGGAUUGGAUCCAGAUUCGUAUAAUCCAUACAUGUAUGUAUGUAUGUAUGUAUGUAUUCUUUCUUCAGAUUGUUGUGUAAACUUGGUACUUACCUCACUCUAUGUUAACAUGCUUUUAUCAUCGGUUCCCCACUCAUCACUUUCAUUGUAAAAGAACAAGUAAAGGUAGGUAUGUUAUUUAUUUAAUUUUGACA